AUGAAUGACAUUUUCCGAUGGAAGGAUCUAUUCUUCGUGUUCCUGAGAAGAAAACCUGCUCAUGCCCCGAUGUAUAGGGAUACGGUAAGGGCUAGUGGGUCGUUUAAGGAUUUCAGAAGGCCCGUUGAAAGCGGACGGGUCUCUGAGAAGGUUGCUGUGGAAAUACCAGAUGAUCUACUUCGUAUGCCGUUGUCCAAGUUCAAAGAUAUUAUAGUCUAUGAUGCGACCAAAAAGAAUAUAGAAUUCAAAUUCUACAAGAAUUGUGGUCUUCAUGGAGUUGGUAACUUACAGACAUUUAAACGUUAUUCGGAAAUUGCCCAACUUUUUAUGAACCCAGUGGAUUCAAAGUAUGCUAUUCUCUCUACGAAGAACUGUAGUUGGAUUGAGAAACGAAAUCCUGUUCUUCAUCCAGAUGUGUCGUUGACUUUAUCAACUUUUUACACAUGCAAGAUUAAGCUUUUUAGUACAAGUGGUGAGUCCAUUGAGGUACUUUGGCCGUCAGCAGAGUAUUCACUCUUAUGUCGAGGUGUGGGUGUUACACAACAUAAGUUUGAUGAGCUUUCGAAAAAUCACAUUACGCACGUUGAACAUCCUCUGACAAAACAAUCAGUACCUGUAAUUGUAGUGGAUUCUAUACAAGAUGGGGUUGAUGCUAUUGGGUUAUUCCCUUGUAAAAUUCCGGCUCAAGCGAAAUUUUUUUACAGUAGGUUGGAAUAUGAUGCGAUCCUGCCAUCUAGGACCUGUAAUAGUGAGGAAGUUAGCAUCAUAGACCAACUAAUGGUCAGAGGCAAUACGGGUCAAUAUAUGGGAUUGUCACAGAUAUACCUAAAGCUUGAAAACUUGUUCCCCGAUAAAGAAACGAUUGAUUCUCCGCGUUUUUCGACGGUCCAAACAGUCUCCAUGUUACUGGAUCCACUAAAGACAGGAAGAUUUAAUACUAAAGAGACAUCAAGACUCAACAAUAAUUGUUCACCAGACGUCUUAAGAGGUGUGCUAUUCUCCUCGAAUAUUGAUAACGCUCAGCUUAGAGACGAGUUUUACAAACUAUCUCUAUUAAAAUAUGCAUACGACAGUACAAAGAUAGAAGACGAACUCCCAUCUGGAUACAAAUUAGAGGGUUUACGUCCGUACGACCACCAUAUGAUUUACGAAUUCCGUAAGCUACAGGCGUUGCCUCUUCCACAGAAUAUGAAGGAAAUAUCAUUCGUUAAGCAGCAAUUCGAUACCUUUAUUAGGAACAUAACGAUUUACAGGACGAUUACGAAAGUAAACUUGGAAGAACACCAGAUGAGAUCCAAUUCUCAAAUUGUGCAGUCUAUGUUAUACAAUUGUAAAUUCUUCCCUAUAUUUUAUCCUAACCUGUAUGCCGAAAUUGCAGAAGAACUUAAAGAUGCACCUCCGCUCAACCUUCCAGCUGAACAACCAGGAGACGCCACCUUGGAAUUCGAACUCGCUACAGCCAUUUUACAUAUGGAAUGUGAAGCGUAUAAGGCCACUUACGAAUCAUGGAAGAUAUCGGAAACUACGAAUGCUAAAAGAAAGAAGAAAUUAAAGACUUUCCAGAUUGUAAUAACUACAAACAUUCCUCUCAUACAUCCAUACAUGCUAUCUUUGUUGAGACGUAUAUCCAAAUGUACAACAAGAAUACUCACACCUGGCGGACUUAAAACCAUGCAGCAAACUCAUCAACUAUUGCUGCAUCAAUCUGUUGGGACGGAUACAAAUGUGUAUCUAUAUCAACAAAAACAGAAAGCAGAAGCACUGCAGCGCUCGCGUUCGGACGUGCUCGAAAAUGCGAUCAAGCUGUUAGCGAAAUAA